GAGCACACACCGAGCGGCGCCAUGCAUCACUCCCGGAGCUCAAAUGUAUCCUGAACGUCUCGGCUCGACGCGGAAUGUCCGCCCCGGGACACACUUUAGCAAGUUAUUUCUCUGAUACAAAAUGUGAAGAGGGAGUAACUGUGAUGAAAUGGUCGGCUUUUGAGGGCUACUUUCCCGUUUGGCUCGGCGUAGCGUGGCACAAGCGGCGGAUCGCUCCGAAACUUGUCGGUUAGCAGGGGCGGCGGAUCGGACUUAAAGGCGCAGUUGCUGCCAACAUGGAGAAGCAGCAGAGCGACCUGGAGCGAGAGCGGCAGUGCUGUGAACUUUGUGGCAAAAUGGAGAACCUCCUCAAGUGCGGCCGAUGCCGAAACUCCUUCUACUGCAGCAAGGAGCACCAGAAAAAGCACUGGAAGAAGCACAAGCUCAUCUGCGAGGAGGCGGAACUCCACAAACACAAGCCCGAGAAGACGCACCCGGACAAGACCCCAGACAAACGCCCGCAGAAGAAGAGUCCCGACAGAGCAGAGAAGGUGGUGACCACGAAUUCCACCAACUCCGACGCGUCGCCGGUGGAGUCCAACAACGCCGCCACACCUAACGGACAAGCGGACUCAUCCCCGCAGAAGCUCGCCAUGGAGCGUAUCGUCCCGAGCAUGGACCAGAACGGCUUCUGCGUGGUGGACAACUUUUUAGGGCCAGAAACCGGAAUGGGCAUCCUGGACAACGUGCGGGCCCUGCACAACACCGGUCAGUUCACAGACGGCCAGGUGGUGAGUCAGAAGAGCGACUCCACGAAAGACAUCAGAGGGGACAAGAUCACGUGGGUGGAAGGGAAGGAGCCCGGCUGCGAGAAUAUCCGCUUUCUAAUGAAUCGCAUGGACGACCUGAUAAGACACUGCAACGGCAACCUGGGCAACUACAAAAUAAACGGACGGACGAAAGCAAUGGUUGCCUGUUACCCUGGAAACGGGACAGGGUACGUGCGCCACGUGGAUAACCCCAACGGCGAUGGACGGUGUGUGACAUGCAUAUAUUACCUUAAUAAAGAUUGGGAUGCCAAGGAACACGGCGGUCUUCUCCGAAUCUGCCCAGAAAAGGCCCAGUUUGCCGACAUAGAACCCAUUUUUGACCGCUUGCUGCUGUUCUGGUCGGACAGAAGGAACCCUCACGAGGUGCAGCCCGCCUACGCCACCAGAUACGCCAUCACUGUGUGGUAUUUCGACGCAAAUGAGCGAGCCAGAGCGAAAGAAAAGUAUUUAACAGGUGCAGGAGAGAAAGGAGUAAAGGUUGAACUUGGAAAACCUUCCGAUAGCAGCUAGUGGGACGACUCCGCCCCAGUCAAACGGCCUUACUGUGCGAGAGAGAGUUGCCUACCAGGAGCAUGUGUGUGUUUUAACAUGGCAGGACAGUUGCUUGAGUUGUUGGAAGAUCCGCACUUCUGCAGGAAUAACCAAGCGAGAGCACAGUGACGUGCUCCACUUUCAGCCAGCUCGGACGGCACCAGCGGAUCCGAAUGUCCCGACCCUGCGCUGAAAGGGAUCGGCUUUUUUUUUUUUCCCCAAGGUUGAGAAAUCUUGGCGGACAUUUUCAGAGAAAUCAAACCCAGAAUUAAGCUCAUCUCUUGCAAUGAAUUCCUUUGAACAAGGUACAGUGUUCUGCAUACGCUCAGUGUUCUAUGCUUUUCACAGCGAGUCGGCUGUUCCCAGCUAAGAGACUCUGUCAUUGUCAGUGGUGAUCCAGCGCUUUGUUUACAUGGACAACAGCUUCACAGUCUCAGGCGCCACUCAUGUCUGGUGUAACAUUACGACGGUUGAUGCCUCUUGAAAGGUGGAACUACCCUCUGAAGCUGUCCUCUAAAAAAGAUGAUAGACAGCUUGAACAUUUUGUGUCAUGAAUCAGAAGUUGAUUUAGAAGUUAUGUUUUACUUUAAACUGGAGAGACCUGGAAAUUAAAAUGAUUCAAAAAUGAUUUGCAUUGCAGUUAAAGUUCUGGUUUUCCUUUUUUUUAUAUGUUAAAUAUUGGACCUAGUUGAACGACAAAAGAACGUGUCAAUAACAAUAAAGUCUGUGUGGUAGCAUCUGUGAUUCAAGAGCGUGUCAGGAUGCUUCCUCACAUGUUCUGAGAUCGCGUCUUUAACACAGGAUUUCUUUUGAUGGAAUCACUUUGUUGACCUCGGUGCAGCUGGAUCGUCCGGUUCCCUGCCGAAGAACAAACACCCUUUUUUUCUGCAGGGCUGCCGUUUCUAUCGGAAUCUGACUAGAUAAAUUUGGGUUAUUUGAGAUAGUUUUUCACAAAUCAAGGUAAGGUAAAUUUAAUUAACCCAGCAGGGAUUUUUUUUUUCUUAAGCUGUUGUUUUUCUUGAGCUUUAACUAUAUAUCCUCAAUUUGAUCAAUUUCAAUGAAGAUUUUCUUUAUUAUUUGGAGGAUAUAGCUAUCUAUUAUGAAUUAUUCUUGGCAAAAACAAAACAUUUUUAAGAAAAAAAAUGAAAUGCUAAGUGUUUUUAAACUUGUUUAACCAAGAGGUAAAAUGGUUUUGGGAUGAAUAGAAAUAUGCCGAGACAAAAAGUGGUUUAAAUGAAGAAAAAAAAUAAUUACUGAACAUAUUGUUCAAUAAAACGACUUCUUGCCUUUUCUGACGGAAACAAACGUCGAGUGAAGACGGUUAUUGUUGUCAGUUAUGCUCUUGACUGUGACACAGCAGUGGUCCGUGUUGUCCAUGUAAACAGAACCAGUCGGUCAAAGUCGGCCAAGUGACCCUCAAGUGACGCGCUAAUCCCCCAACAGACAGACCAGCAUUUGCUUCGGCCUUCAGCUCUGAUUCUGAGGCGAGGACAACGUUCUGUUGACCAGUAAUAAUCGAGCGAAAUAAACACCGGAGUUGCCUCAGUUUUUACCGACGAACGAAACAAUCAUCGAUUUCUAAUGAGUCAAUCCACAGAGCGAGAAUGUUCCCGACGUGUAAUUUAUUUCCUGCUGAGUUUUGAUGACAUCGUCUUCAGGGUACAUCAUUUGUACAGUCAUUUAGAUUGCAGCCGCAUUUGAAACGCUUUUGUCAAUAAAAUGGGAAGUUGUUCA